GCACUCCUUUUCGCCACUCCCGGAACCUGACGCCUCAUUUCGCCCUUCUUUUUCCCGAUCCGAGUCGCAUCGGCCUGUCUCUUCGUCCGCCUUCCCUCCACCCCCGCAUCCAUAACCGUCGAAUAAUCCUCUCCUCUUCCGCCUUCCCCUUCCUCGUCCCUUCACCGCCGCGUCCCUCGCUACGAGCCCCACAAUCCGCGCCCCUCGCUGCGAACCCCACACGCCGCGUCGCCAUGAGUCUCUUCGGCGACUUGCCUCCGCCGUCCGCAGCGCCCAAGCCAGCGAAUCCCCCUAUCCCUUCCCCUGCUGCCUCUCGCAAACCCAGCGGCGGAGCAGUCGGCGCAAUCGGCGCAGGCGCUGGCGCAGUUGCGCCGAAGCCGUCUGCGCUCAAGUCGUCGCUCAAGGGGAGCGCUGAAGUGCGCGGGGGAGAGGGGGGGAAACGUGUGAGCGCGGCGGGUGCGGAUGGGGGCCCGGAAGGGGGAUCGGGGGAAGGCGGAAAGACGAGGAAGCGCGUGGGAGUGGCACUGGCGGAAGAGGCAGAUGGCGACGCCCCAUCUCGCCGCCGGGUGCGCUUCCACACGUUUGCUGAGGUGGCAGAGGACAAGGUGACGUCGGCAAUCGCCAAGAUCGCUGCCCACAUUGGCACGCCGGCCAAGUUCAAGAAGGCGGCCGGCCUCGCUCGGCAGCUUCUGGAGGGCGGCGCACUGAACAGUGACCAAACCGGCAUGAACAGUGCAGUGAACAGUACCCAUGCGGCUCAGUUCUUUGGCGUGUUGCAAGGGGCAAUGGCGCUGCUGAGGCGCGAGGGGGGCGGGGCGGGUGGCAUGGUGGUGGGGGCAGCGGGGGACGUGGGGGGGGAGUAUGAAGCGCUGUUUGCGGCUGCACAGGAGAGAAAGGAGCUCUUCUCGCCGCGCCAGCAGCAGCAGGUGGACGUGUGGGGGCUGCGCACCGCGCUCAACAACUCCCUGCGAACAGACGACAGCUUCCAGUUCUCCAAGGCUGUGUCUCGAGUCCAGCAGCAGGUGGAGCAACUACCUGAAGCAGUAGAGGAGGAUGAGAGGGAGGAGGCCGGUGUGUUCCGUGGGGUGGCGAUGCAAGUGGAGGGGAGGGAGAGGGGGAUGGAGGGAGAGAAGCAGGGAGAGAUCGAAGGAGAGAAGGGGCAAAGGGGUGCGGAACGCAAGGGGGAAGAUUGUCAGGGGGCAGUGGAUGGGGGAGGGGGCAGUGGAGGCGAGGGGGAGAGGGGAGUGGGGGGUGGAGAGGAGGGGGAGGAGGAUAAGAAAGGAAAGAGAGGCAAUGAUCCCUUUGGCCUACAUGGUGCAGUAGAUGGUGCAGUAGAUGGUGCGGUAGGCGGUGCAGAUCCUGCUGAUGGUGCAGAUCCCUUUGGCCUUGAUGCUAUGUUGGGGAUGAGUGGGGGAGUGGGAGGGGGAGAAGGAGGAAAGGGAGAGGGAGAGGAGGAGGAGCAGGAGGAUCCAUUCGGGCUGGGAGAGAUGAUAGAGAGGAAGAGGGCGACGAGAGAGGAGAGGAGAGAGGAGAGGAGGGAGGAGAGGGAGAGGAGGAGGAGGGAGGAGGAGGAGGAGAGGCGGCGAGGGGAGGAGGAGGAGAGGGGGUUGUUGAGGGAGAGGAGGGAGGCGCUGCUGCUGUGCAUUCAGACGGCCACCGAGAUGUACAGGCACAAGUGGGCGCAGACAGCCAUCGACAUGCUGGCCCAACACGCCUAUGACCACAGGAAACGCUUCACGGCCCGGCAGCAGGCAGCGAUCGAGGCGUUCUGGGGCAGUGUGAAGCAGCAGCAGCACGAGAGGAAGCACGGGGCGAGCAGGGGGGCAGGGGGGCGGCUGGAUGUGACGGCCUUCGAGCGGCUGCAGAGGCACUAUGAGGGGGAGGCGAUAAGCAUCAGGAAGGGCGUGGGGGGUGGAGGAGGUCGAAGCACGAUUACCUGGCUGGGGUGAGUUGUAGGAGAAGCAGUUUAGUUGUAGCGGGCUAGAAACCCAAGCAAGAUGGGGGAAGAAGAACCCAGUUGAGUAGAUGUAUACCGUACACACUACAGACGCAGUGUUGUGGAUUUAAUGACAAAACACGGGGUUCGGUGCAUGCAAUCUCCUGGAAACUCGCUUAUGUGUGUCGGAGCAUUGCACACAUGCUCGCAUAGUCGAGAAUAUGUUUUAUAGCGGAUAUUAUUGGGCUCGGUACAGUGAAACCGAGUGACAUGACAUAUUACAUUCUGUAGUGUCGAUGUUCGAGGUGUCAAAUAUAUGUAUAACUCAUAUUUGUAUAGACUGUAUAGGGUCACCUCUUAGAGGGUACAGCACUCUUAGGUAUAUACACUUGUUC